UAUAUUGUUGUGAGCUAUAUUGACAAAUAAUAUUGUUGCGCGCAUAUUCUUUUUGAAAAAAUUCUUGAUUCUUGCAGUUAGAUUCUUUCAUAUUUUGUUGUUUUCUUUGUUAAUCACAUCAAAUUUAACGACUGCUCUGUUUAUUUUUGAUCCAGGAAAAAAAUCAUCAUCAUCAUCAUCAAUAACCGUUUUUUUAAUAAUACUCAAAAUGGAUUCCGAUUACGUAUUCGAAGAUGAUGACGAUAUUAAUAUUAAUAAUGAUGAUGUUGAUGAUGAAAACGAUGAUGAUGUGGAAUUUCAAGAGCAGAAUCAAGAUGAAUCAUGGAGCGAUAGCUCUAGUGUAGAGAAUUCUGGUAAAAAUAAACGAAAAUCUUGUUCGAAAAAGAAAAAAUCAACAACAAUCAAAUCAUCAUCAUCAUCAAAAAUAACAAAUCGAAAAAAUUCAAAAAAAAUGUCCACUUCAUCGAUCAAUCCAGAAUAUAUUGCCGAUAUUAAACAAACAUUUAAACGUUUUGAUACUGAAAAUCAAGGACGUUUCGAUAUUAAACAAUUAAAAUUUGCAAUGCGUGCAUUAGGAUUUGAACCGAAAAAAGAAGAAGUACAACGUAUUUCCGAAGAAUAUAAUAAAGAUGGUUUUAUUCUUUAUAAUGAUUUUGAACAAUUAAUGAUCAAAAGAAUAACAGAGAAAAAUGUUAAUGAUGAAAUUAUGAAAGCAUUUCAAUUAUUUGAUACAAAUCAAACGGGUAAAAUUACAUUCGAUGAUUUAAAACGUGUUUCAAAUGAAUUGGGUGAAAAAAUUACCGAUGAUGAACUAAUGGAAAUGAUACAGGAAGCUGAUUUGGAUGGUGAUAAAGCUGUUGAUUGUCAAGAAUUUCUUCGUAUAAUGAAAAAAACAUUUCUCUAUUGAUCUUUUUUGUUUUUCUCUAAUUGUUUGUUUUAUUAUUAUUAUUAAUUAUAUUCAAUCAGUAUUUUUCCGAAUGAAAAUUUCAA